AUGGGCUCGCUUGGUCGGGAUACCUCUAUUUCCACCACACCGAAACGUCUAAUCAUCUGCUGCGACGGUACCUGGCAGUCAUCAGUAUCGAACAUCAAAAAUGUCCCCUCCAACGUGACUCGACUAGCACGAGCCUUUGCCCGUGUCGGUCGAGACGCAGACGGCAGGAUCUGGCAGCAAAUUGUCCACUACGAUGCGGGCAUCGGCACUGGCCAACUCAGCGACAAGGAAAAGGACCGCCAGGGCGGCUUCGGCAUCGGCUUUGUCGAGAAUGUCAUUGAAGCGUAUACUUUCAUCGUUCUCAACUAUGCACCAGGCGACCAAAUCUUCUGCUUUGGAUUCUCUCGUGGUGCCUACACAGCUCGAGCCGUCGCCGGUCUUGUCAACGACGUCGGUGUCAUCUCGCCCCGAGACCUCCAGGACUUCCCAGACUUGUACAAGCUGUACCAGGAGAACAGUGACAGCCAUGGUUUCCGCAAGUCCGAUGCCUAUCGUGAGUGGGUGCACGGCAGGCUUCAUGAAGACACUGACCAGAUGAAUUGUGCACAAUAUGGCAAACACUGUCACACUGAUGCCCCCGAGUCUUCCCGAGAGGUUCAAGUUGUUGGUGUCUUUGAUACAGUCGGCAGUCUAGGGGUCCCCGACCUGGCCUGGACUCCGUUCCAUCUCACGUUUCUUGAUCAGUGGCUUGGUAUUCCAAGUGCAGGAUUCCAUAAUGUCUCUCUCAGUCCUUACAUUCGCCAUGCUUUCCACGCACUCGCCUUGGAUGAGCACCGAGCGCCCUUCUCGCCCACAUUAUGGCACUUCCCUCGCGACGGCGACUUAACGACCAAGAAACCAAAAAAGCCACUCGAUGAGAUCCAUAAAGACUGGGAGAGAGUCCGAUCGGACCCCAAGUCAACUCCUCAGCAGCUAUCAGCACAGUGGGCCGAGCUCAUUGACUGUCAAAUGUACGACAAGCUCAAAGGAACAGACUCCGAACUCUUGCAAGUUUGGUUCCCUGGUUUCCACAUCAACAUUGGCGGAGGCGACGACGAUCCUUUGCAUGACCGCAAGUGUGAUUUUGAACAGAUCGCUCUCAUAACCUUUGCAUGGAUGUGCGAGCAAAUUGCACCAUAUGUUCAAUUAGACAGCAACUUGCUCAAGCUAGCAACCAACUCGGUUCGAGACCGCUAUGAACUGAUUCAUGCUCCACUGCAACUUACACCACAGACACGCGAGGAAGGCCUGUUGAAGAAGGCAUCCGAUCUCCUGAACCGAGCCGGCGCAGGACAAAAGCCUGUGUCUCCAGAAGUACAGUACGGCUGGGCCGAUGGUCCCAUUGUUGACAGCUUUGCCGGCACCAUGAAACUCGCGGGUUCAAAGCCCCGGACCCCCGGCAGAUACUCUCAUAGCGGACCAGAUGGAGCAAAGCUUGGGAAAACGAACGAAAUGAUCCAUCCAUCAGUGCAAUAUCGCAUGCAAAGACGACCAGAAUACAGACCAGAACCACUCAAAGGCUUUACUCGUCAACAGACGGAUCAUGGUUUUCAGUGGAAGCAGGGCGAAAUUGUAGUCCCUGAGUAUCGGAUCAAGUCCUCGGACGUCUUCUCCAGGUACAUUGUAGACCAGGACAGUCUCAAGGGAGAGUCUCAGGCUUCAAAAUUCGUCAGAGAGAUAGAUCAGGCUAUUGGUCAGAACUUCUUGGCACGAUUGGUUUGCGCCAAUUUCAAGAUUCUUUCGUAUACUGCUCUUGCCUUGGCCAAGAGCGCCAGUGCUGUUUAA